AUGUCCCGCCUCCCUCAAAAUCUCUUCGCCCUGUCCCGCCUCGUAACCCUCAAUCUCCAAGAGAACCAAAUCACCGGCCAAAUCCCCAAAUCCCUAGAUUCACUCCCAAAUCUCCGUCAUCUGAACUUCUCGAACAACAAAUUAAAUGGGUCAGUAUCAAAAUCCCUACUCACAAUAUUCGGCAUGACUAGCUUUUCCGGCAAUGAAGCUCUCUGCCUUAAUUCCACCAAAUGCUCUUCAUAUUCCACCAAUUCAAAUCCAACCUCUUCCCCAACUCCACCAGAAAAUCAACCCAAAAGGAUGAAUAAAAGAACAUUAAUAUCCCUAACCACACUAAUUUCGAUUCUAAUGCUCGUGCUCUUCUCGUGGCGAUAUUCCUGCCGGAAAACCAAAACCGACUCAACAAAUUCGCUAGCGGCAAGUGAGGGCGGAAAAUGA